GAACAUAAUCAAAGGAACCAUAAAAACACUACACUUCAUACACCAACUACGAGGUUAUUAUCCGAGUGUGAAUUAUAAGCACCCGCAAAUUAUGACAGCAUUCCAGAGAUGAAAAAGACAAUGCAACAAUUUGAGGAUCGUACAUCAGAAAGGUUUCACGAAUAUGACGACCGUAUGAAAACUACACGCCAAAAAAGUAAAGAAGAACGUGAUAAAGAAAUCCAAAAAAUUAUUUUAAAAGAUAAAUUAGAAAAACAAAUGGCACAAAAGUUAACCACAUUACACACGGAUAUACAAAGUAACGCCAUUCAAACGUGUAUUUGCGAAAAAUCCUUAGCAGAUAAAGUUGAAAAAGGAUGUUUAGGAUUUGCAAGUGUAUUAGGAGGUGGUAUUUCCCCAGGGUGGGGUUUGGUCUGUGGUGUAGGAUAUGCCGCAUGGACAAAUUAUGUUACCCAAAUGGCUAUACAAAAGGGUAUUGAAGCAGGUGUUAAAUGGGGGAUUGAAAGUUUAAAAGACUUUUCUGGUCUAUAUAAAUUAAUUGGGGUUUCCAAAAUAGAUAAUUUGAUUAAUUCAGCAAAUUAUGCUAAUGGAACGACAUAUGUUAAUUUUAUUCAGCAAGUAAAAACUUCAAUGGGCGAAAAUGGACUUAAUCCUACGUAUACAUUUUGUAAAGCUGCAAGUUAUCAGAAAACAGAUACAUUUUUACAGAGUGCAUCAGGAAUUGCAGACAAUGCUAAGUAUAGUGCUCAACUGGCUGAAAAAAAAGCAUUAAAUGCAGAGAUACCUACUACUAAUGCUUUAACAACUGCUAUAAUAGCUUCUCUUGUUGCAAUUGUAGUUAUAGUUAUAGUUUUGGUUAUGAUUAUAAUUUAUUUAAUUUUACGUUAUCGUAGAAGAAAAAAAAUGAAAAAAAAAACUACAAUAUAUCAAAUUAUUAAAAGAAUAGAUAUUAUGUGUUUGGUAUUUUGA